AUGGAAGGCAUCGACAGACGCGAGGAUAUUGAGCAGCUCUUGCGAUCUGUAAUUACGUCAUCAUCCUUAACUAUUCAAGGUCUGAAUGUGGAAUUUUAUGGCAAAAGUUUCAUGGACAUCUCCCAAUUGAUGACAGUGCAUGCAUCAUUAUGUGACAUAGUGAUGCUCAUAAACACUGCUUAUGGUGUUGUUGCGCUUAUGAUUACAAUCACCUGCCUAAUACAUUUAAUCAUUACACCGUAUUUUUUAAUAAUGGAAGCUUAUGGUAGACGUGAACCAUUUUUUCUUGCGGUACAAGGAUUAUGGUGCAUCUUUCAUAUCUGGAGAUUAUACAUGAUCGUACAGCCUACGUAUGCUGCUACAACACAGGUCGGUUCAUAA